AUGGCCAGCGCGUUCACACGGCUCUUCUUGCCGUCCCACCGCAAGAACAACAACAACAACACCAGCUCCAACACCAACUCCAACUCCAACUCGCGCCGUCACGAUGCAAGCCGCGCACGUUUCCCAACCUCGUCCACCUUCGAUCUGCGCCAUUCCAUCCCAGAAGAAUCCGCCUCCGCCACCGACGCCACCUUCCCCGCACUGCCCUCGUCCAGCUCGCUCACGGUGCACCAUCUCAACCGGCACGUCUCGCCGCCCAUCACCGAUGCCACGCUCAGGCGCAACUCGCUCGCAUUCGAGCCGGCGCAUACCCGCCCUUCACUGCCGCGCUCGUUCAGCGCGUACGACAUUACGCUCCCGCCCGAGUCGGACGCGGGCAAAGCAAGGAUAGCCACACCGCCAAGCCCCGCGCCGCCCGCGGUAGACGACGACGACGACCUCGAUACAAACCCGCUGUACCUGCGCUUGUCCGAGCAUGAGGAUCUCCAGGCGGACUGGAGCGCAGCUGAGGUAGCGCUGGUGCCGCUCGCUAGGGCGAUGGCGGCGCAUAGCGCGGUUCAGCCACAGGAUCUGGAUGACCCGGCAUACAUAGCUCUGCAUGCUUUUGCGCCGUCCAAGCUGUACAAGCAUCAGUUUGUCUCGGUCCGCUCCGUGCGAUCAUCCGCCGAGGUUGCGGAUGCAGGGCAGUACGACUGGAGCCGCAUCACGCUUACUGCCACGCUCGAUGCGGAUCGGCGAUCCAUCACCAUCGUCCAGUCGCCCGCCUCAGCCACGCGCACCGUCGCCAUCCUGGGCGAAACGACCAUCUACCGUUCCACACCCACCGCUAAGGUGCGUGUCUUUUCCGUCGAUUUGCCCAUCGUCCAUCGCCUGCCUGCCACCAAUGCUACCCCACCUCAAUCCGACGAGCAGCCGGACGAGGCGGACCAGAGCGUGUCCGACCUCAUUCUGCGCCACGUCGCAGCCGAGCGCGUGUUUGCAGCCGAUCUGGUGCUGCUCGCGCAUCCGCACACGUCGUCGGCGCGGCUGGACGCUGCGCUGUCCGGGGCAUUCAGCGUGCUGGUCGCCGCUGCACACCAGUUUACCGCGUCGUUCGUCUACGUGCGCGGCUUCGACAGCUACAACGCGCACCGCAUCCGCCGCGGCAUCUGGUUCAAGGCAUGGAAGGCGUUCGAGGAGCGCCUGGGCAGCGAGCAUGUGGCGAGGUUGGGCGUGGAGCCGUUUCACCGCAUCAAGUCGGUGCUCGAAAGCGUCAGCAUGGGUCUGGUGCACACCAAGAUGUACGGCCCGAUUCAGGAUCAGCUGCUGGAUGCGGACCUGGUCACCGACGAUGUGCUGGCCGCGUGUGCGGCAGCGAAUCUGAGCAUGGGAGAUUUGGGCGUGGAGAAUGCUGCGCUGCGCAGUCGGCCCGAUCGUCUCACGCGCGCCGUGGAGGUGCUUGCAACCGGCUUGGCCGACGAUGGCGGGAGCGAGGUGGACGAUGCAUUGGCCACGGCGGAUGAAGCUGCAAUGCGCACGCUGGCGCAGCGACAGGUCGCGCCGACCGUGCGGAUCCACAGUGAUCUUGGAAUUGAUGCGGCGACGCAGGGGGUGUCGUUGCACCGACGCACGCCCUUGCACAUCCUCCAGACUCUGCGCGCCGUGAUCGACGAGGUCGGCUGGGCGGCCGAGCGCGCCUCGUCCCGCGGCGAUGCACCGCCGCUGGGGACGGACGAUCUGCUGCCCAUCCUGAGCUACGUGUUUGUGCGCGCGCGUCCGUCGCGACUGUGUAGCAUGCUCUACUACGCGCGCGCCUUUACGCUCACCGAUACCGCCACGGCGCCGGCACUGCAAUGGGCACUCGUCACGUGCGAUGCCGUCGUAGCCUACCUGCGCACCGACCCUUUCCGGCUGGUGAGGCGGCGCUCGAGUGCAGGCACCGAGUCGGUGCGCAAAUCCACCUCGACCAGCGCGGGCGAUGCACUGCUGCGCUCCUUGUCUUCGCGAUCCCAGGCGUCAAGUGCGAAUCUGAUGGUUGCAGCAGGUAUGGCUCGUUCGCCAUCCGGUCCUUCCGCAUCGGUGGCCUCACCACCACCUUCUCCGCGAUCCCCAUACCCCGAGGAAGAGGGGGAAGAGUUUAAGCUGCCUGGAUGGCCGGCCAGUCGACGCAACAGCCGAAUCCUCGCUCGACCUGCAUCGGUCUUUUCACUCGAAGACGAUGAAUCGCUGGAGCUCGGUCGAGGUGGACGGGAACGGACAUUGUCAUCAAGCAGCGGAGCAGAGGUGCAGAUUCGGCCUCAGAUCGUUCGCACCAUCAAACGCGGUAGUGUCAGUGCGCGCUUGGAGCGGUCGGGAAGUAGCGGUAGCGCAGGCGUCAAAGUCAGGGUGGUGGGAUCACCCCAGCUCAGGGACAGAGAGGCGAGGCGGAAAAGUGUGGAUUCUUGGAGCUUUGCGCUGUUCACACGCCGACCGGAAGGUGGUGGCGAGGUCGAGGAUGCCAAUUGCCAACCCAACGGCGUCGAACUGCCGCACCAACCCUCAAGCAAGCGCCGUGAUGAGAGAUGGGCAAAGUUGGUCACCAGCACCGUCCUGCCACCCCAGGUGGACACGAGUGCGACCAGUGCAGCUGUCUCGCCGCCGUCGUUGGAGUCUAUGCAUGCGCUGAGAGCGAGCAUCUCGAAACCUGCAUAA